AUGCUAAAAGAAGGUGCUAUGUCAGAUGGUGUGAGCUCAAGACCAUUGGGUUUAAGAGGGUCAAAAGGUAGGUUAUAUUCUUUACAAAAUGAUAGGGCUCUAGGUUCAUUCGACUUUCAUUUUUUAAAGAAAAACGGACGCAUACCCUAUAAUCUAAAGCAGUUGAUGUUUCUGCAAAUAUACCCAACUCUUGGCCUCAAUUUUUUGCUCUUAAAACAACAAAAAUGUCACGGUCUGUUAUUUUUUGAGAGGUACAGAUAUAGUCGUUUCUUGUGUCCAAACGACGAUUAUUGUGAAUGUUUUGAUCACAUAUUCAAAUUCUAUGCAAUACUCUGUUUUCUAUGA